AGAGAUUUUUAGAAUAAAGAAAAGGAAAUCGAAAGUACUUCUAAUGACGUGAAAUUUGAUAGUGAACAUGUUUAAUUCUUGAUCAGGAUAAUUUUUUAUUAAAAAGAUUGACUAUUGAAUUAUAUGAGCUAUAAUAACAAAUAAAAAUAUUUAUUUUUGCUAGAAUGUGGGCUGACACUAUUCUAAUUGUAUUUAUCAGCAUAUGUACGGCGUUAUUAGGCGAAGGAUUGACAUGGUUAAUGGUGUAUAGAACUGAAAAAUAUCAAAAAUUAAAGGCUGAAGUUGAAAAGCAGAGUAAAAAACUGGAAAAACGAAAAGAAGCACAUGGCGAUUCUUUAGACAAACAGCAGAAAAAAAAGAUUGAACGAGAAGAGGAAAGACUAAAGAAUAACAAUCGUGAUUUAUCUCUUGUAAAGAUGAAAUCUAUGUUUGCAAUUGGAUUUGCAUUUACAGCGCUUUUAAGUAUGUUUAACAAUAUAUUUGAUGGACGAGUUGUUGCCAGAUUACCAUUUGUUCCAAUUAGUUGGAUACAGGGUUUAUCACACAGAAAUCUUCCGGGUGAUGAUUAUACAGAAUGCUCUUUUAUAUUUUUGUACAUAUUAUGUACGAUGAGUAUCAGACAGAACAUCCAGAAGAUGCUUGGUUUUGCACCAUCCAGGACUGCAAGUAAGCAGAGCGGCAGUAUCUUUGGACCUCCACCUCAACAAUUCAAAUAAAUUCAUAUUUGUAGCAGAAAGUGUUAUUGAUGAUUAUAGAGAUUUUUGUACAUUCUAUUGCUCAAUUCUAGACAUUUACUCUUAUGUCCAACUAAUCUUUAUAACAUCAAUUUUUUGUUUUAUAUAUCACAAAAAUUAUAUUUAAAUGUUUUCAAAAACUGUUCUUGCUUUUUCUUAACACUUUAAAAUAUAAAUAAAGAAUAAUUAUUGUAUUAUUGGUA